AUGACUUCGUCUAUUGCCUUCAAAUCCUUCACCGGACUCCGGCACUCCUCCCUGGAGCAUCCCAAAGUGCUCCAUUCCCACACAACCUCCAUCUCCCCUUUAACAUACCGCCGUUUCCGAAUCACAGCCAGCAAGUCCACUCCCAAACUCCAAAACCGCAACCUUCGAGUAGCCGUCAUCGGUGGCGGCCCUGCCGGUGGUUCCGCCGCAGAAACGUUAGCUAAAGGAGGCAUUGAGACAUACCUCAUCGAACGGAAGAUGGACAACUGCAAGCCAUGCGGUGGUGCCAUCCCUUUGUGCAUGGUGGGCGAGUUCGACCUCCCAUUGGACAUUAUAGAUCGGAGAGUAACCAAGAUGAAGAUGAUCUCUCCAUCUAAUGUCGCCGUGGAUAUUGGACAAACUUUGAAGCCUCACGAGUACAUUGGGAUGGUGAGACGUGAGGUGCUUGAUGCUUACCUGAGAGAAAGAGCAUCAAAUAAUGGGGCUAAAGUGAUAAAUGGUUUGUUCUUGAAAAUGGACAUUCCUAAAAAAGGUAGUGAAAAUAUUAAUGGACCCUAUGUCUUGCAUUAUACUGAGUAUGAUGAGAAGAAAGGCGCAGUUGGAGAGAAGAGGACUUUGGAGGUUGAUGCGGUGAUUGGUGCUGAUGGGGCAAAUUCGCGUGUAGCCAAGUCUAUUGGUGCUGGUGAUUAUGACUACGCUAUUGCUUUCCAGGAGAGAAUAAAAAUCCCCAAUGAUAAAAUGGUGUACUACGAGAAUUUAGCAGAGAUGUAUGUCGGUGAUGAUGUCUCGCCAGACUUCUAUGGUUGGGUCUUCCCCAAAUGUGACCAUGUUGCUGUUGGAACCGGAACGGUGACUCACAAAGGUGACAUCAAAAAGUUCCAACUAGCCACAAGAAAAAGAGCCAAGGACAAGAUCCUUGGUGGUAAGAUUAUAAGAGUGGAAGCACACCCAAUACCAGAACACCCCCGACCUCGCAGAUUAUUAGGGAGAGUAGCACUAGUGGGUGAUGCAGCUGGGUACGUAACCAAAUGCUCUGGUGAGGGUAUCUAUUUUGCAGCAAAGAGUGGUAGAAUGUGUGCAGAGGCAAUAGUUGAGGGUUCAGAGAAUGGCAAGAGGAUGGUGGAUGAAAGUGACUUGAGGAAAUAUUUGGAGAAAUGGGACAAGACAUAUUGGCCUACAUAUAAGGUGUUGGAUGUGUUGCAGAAAGUUUUCUAUAGAUCAAACCCAGCUAGAGAAGCUUUUGUGGAGAUGUGCGCAGAUGAGUACGUGCAAAAGAUGACUUUUGAUAGUUAUUUAUACAAGAGGGUAGCGCCUGGUAACCCCUUGGAGGAUUUGAAGUUGGCUGUGAAUUCCAUUGGGAGCUUGGUGAGGGCUAAUGCACUGAGAAGGGAAAUGGACAAGAUUAGCGUAUGA